UUCUUAGUUCAAGCUCGGAAGCUCCGCCGCUGACAUCGCGUAAAGCCAUCCCGCGUCCGUCCCGUCGGGCUCCCGUCAACGCGGACGUAAAAUUUACCAAUUCUGGACCGUAGAAUUUACAAUUCCGGACCCUCAAAUCCCCGUGUUUCCACGUGUCGAGUGAACAGUGCCAUCGUAAAAGAGGAAAUGAACAAAUUGUGGCUAUUCAGUCAUUUUUCGGAAAGUUGAGCUUUAAUCAGGAUAUAAAGUUAUCGGGCUCCAUGUUACGUUAAUCACGUGGACGUAAUAUUUACCAAUUCUAGACCGUAGAAUUUACAAAUUCCAGACCCUCAAAUCCCCGUGUUUCCACGUGUCGAGUGAACAGUGCCAUCGUAAAAGAGGGAACGAACAAAUUGUGGCUAUUCAGUCAUUUUUCGGAAAGUUGAGCUUUAAUCAGGAUAUAAAAUUAUCGGGCUCCAUGUUACAUUAAUCACGCGGACGUAAAAUUUACCAAUUCUAGGCCGUAGAAUUUACCAAUCCCAGAAUCCCUGUGUCUCCACGUGUCGAGUGAACAGUGUCAACGCAAAAGAGGGAACGAACAAAUUGUGGCUAUUCAGUCGUUUUUCGGAAAAUUGAGCUUUAAUCAGGAUAUAAAGCUAUCGGGGUCCAUGUUACAUUAACCACGAGCUGAAUUAAAAAUCAGCAGCGAUCAAUCUCUCUUAAAUCAAGGAUACAAUUUAUCGAGCUUUUAAGAAUCAUCGUGGCGAUUUUUCUCCGUGCAGUUACUUUUUGAAAAGUUGAGCUCCAUCCAGGUUUAUAGGUUUCGGGCUGUACUUAAUACAGUCGUUGGAAUAAGAAGACUCAAUCAUUGACCCCCCUCCCAAAUCAAGAAUACGAUUUUAUCGAAUUUAUAAGAGUUAGAUGCGAGGUACGCCAUCUGAUGUCUAAUUAUAUUUUAAAUUGGAUAUUGUGUCGGGCUUAAGUUUCUAAUUGGUUUCAACCGGGUUCUUUCAAAGCACGGCAUUAAAUACGCUGUGUUUUUGUGUUUAAUGGAACAUUUUUACAAAUUAUGACUUACCUAUUUUUGGCUGAGCACACUUGACAAAAAAUGAGAAAAAAGACUGAACUUCAGGACAUAAAAUCAGGACUGGCAAUCCAGGUACAUGAUCAUCGGAAUACAAUCUCGCGCGUUGCGCAAGUUUAAACUUUUCUGAAAUACCUGCGCGGUUUUUCUUUGCAAUCUCACAUACACCAUUUUGCCGUUUGCUCGUUGUGAAUCAAAAAUUGUGUCGGGCACUAGUUUCAACCGAGCUAUACUUCGUUAUCCCGACCGAGAAUUUUCAAAAUGUUGCGCUGAGUAUGUCACAUCAUUGAGUUUCUGGUUGUGUGUAGGUAAUGGAAUUUUUUCUAACUGUUGCUCACGCGUAUGCUAAUGCACUGCAGGUGCAAAAAAAAUGUAAUGCUCGAGGCUCCGUGGUUGAAAAAAAAUGAUACGCGCAAAAAAUUUACUGUUUUGAAAAAGCAGUGCGAAACUCAUCUUGAAUUUGUGAUAAUUCAAAGCGGUUGAAAGUGCUGGUAACGUGAACUCAGGAACCCACAGGAUCAGAAAGAAUUCUCUGCCAAUCUUCUCGUAAAAAAUCCAUCAGGACGCCAUGAGGAGGAAACCAAUAGCUGCAAAAUUGCCGGAAACUCAUGUUGGAUCAAGAUUUUGGUUUUAGCGCAAAUUUGAAAUAACGAAACAAUUUAAAAGUUUCUCAAAAAUAUAAAUGAGAGAUCAAUUCUCUUUCAGUGUGUAUACUUUCUUCCAUUUCGUUUUUUGACUGGAAUCUAUGUGCAAUGCAAUAAAAGUGUGCGUGUGUCUCCAUGCUAACAAAAAGUAUUCAGUUAUAAAAAAAAUCCUCUGAAAGAAAGUGCAAAAUCAAAUCUAUAAUCACCGAUACCAACCAAAAUUUAAAUAAAAGUAGUAUUGCUUUUUUAUAAUCUAGUCAUUCAAUUUUGAGUUAACUUUACUCGUGUAAGUGCGGUUGGUCUAGCGACCACUUUUUGUUUUACGCGUUUCACUGUAUUGAACGUGUUAGUUAAGUGGGUCUAAAUCCACGACCAAAAUUUUUCCAUCGUCUGAUCUUUUUCCCUUUCGACAAAAUACCGCGAGAACGGCAUUAAAAUUACAAAACAGAUCUAUGUGAGAUUUCAUCCAUCUCGCAGUUUUUAAAUCAUUUACGCAUUCAUGAUCAAAUUUAAUCUAUAAAUAUAUGCAAGAUACCCGGAUGAAGUGGCCGGAAGUGCAUUGCGGAAUGCUUGUCCCGGAAUAGUGAUUUCAGUGGCGGGUUAAGUGAAGGAGAUGCGUUCAAGAGGAUUUGCGUUGAGCAGCGCGCUCUAGCGGACGAUGGACGUGGACGUGGAUGAGCAGGUGGAGCUGCUCUCCAGCCCGCGGACCGGUGUUGGGGAGGGGGUGGAGAUCGUACGUGUCGGGGGUGGCGUGGGUGGUGCUGGAUCAUCGGGCACCGACUGCGAGACCGACGCAGAGGACAGCCCGAAGAACCUGAAGAUAGUUCAGGUCCACGUCAAUGAUGUCUCGACUCCUGGCUUCAAGCAGAACCCGAGAAACGCCUCUGGUCCCAGAUACAGCCUCGUCCCGCAAUCUAGCUCCUCUGCUAUCGUCUCAUCGGCGUCGCAGAAGGACGAGAACUCGAAAGGGAAUGUCUCUGUGACAACGCAGACGGAUCUGGCGAAGAAACCGGAGACAACCGAGCAGUCGGAUCCGAUAGCGCUGGCGAUUGGGGAUUUCGGAAAAUGGCAGUUCCAGAUGACAGUUCUCCUGUCGCUCUUCAACGUCCCUUGCACAUGGCACAUAAUGGCCUUCGCCUUCCAGAGCUUGGACCCCAGUGAUUACUGGUGUGUCAGCGCUGGCAACAACACCGUUUUCGCCGAUAAAAGUGAUCUGGACCCAUGCUACAUCAAGGAGCUCAACAACCGAACCGGGGAGUUGGAUGUGAAAGUAUGCGAGAGGUGGGAGUUCAACACGAGUGUCACCGGCACGUCAGUCAUCAGCGAGUGGGGCUUGGUGUGCCAAUACAAAAGCCUAAAAAACUUAGCCGACAUGAUGUUUCUCGCAGGUGUUGCUGUGGGAGGAUUUUUAGGCAUCAUCUCUGACAGAUUCGGUCGAAAAGUUUCGCUGAUGGGCUCACUAGUGAUGCAGCUUGUUUUAGGAAGUCUCGUCGCGAUUUGUCCUUGGUACUCGCUAUAUUUAGUCCUCCGACUUUUCCUGGGACUUUUUAGUGUCAAUGUCGUAUUUUCCGGCUUUGUUCUGUGUGUUGAACUUGUAAGUGGAAAAUGGCUGACAAUCUGUGGGGUAUGUUACCUUUUACCCUUGCCUGUCAGUUACAUUAUGAUAGCUGGUAUUGGUUAUAUCAUACGCGACUGGAGAGUGCUCCAGUGGACUAUCACUCUUCCAGGUGCUCUUCUGCUCGGUCUUUGGUGUAUACUGCCUGAGUCUCCCAGAUGGCUGCUUACCAGAGGACGUCUUGAAGAAACAGUUGAAGUUUUAGAGGAUGCGGCAAGAAUAAACCAAACAGCGCUACCUCCGAAUACGGAUAAAAUUCUGAAACAGAGCUUAGCAUCGAUAGAAGCAUCUGGCGGCGCGCCAAGAGUUCAAUGCUGUGAAUUGUACAGAACACCGAAAAUUAGACUUAUAUCUUUAGUUUUAUACCUCGUAUGGUUCUCUGUUUAUCUCGUGUAUUACGGCCUCGUUCUUAAUCUUAGCAAACUAGGCGAUAUCUAUGUUAAUACAGCCAUUUCGGGCGCUGUGGAGUUACCCGCCAUAAUAUUAAGUAUAUUCAUUUUAUUACGAACCGGAAGGCGGAAACCUCUCAGUUACACUAUGUUAGGAGCAGGAAUCCCAUGUUUGCUCAUGACCGUCGUUACAUAUUUUUCAGGUAACAGAGACGGGAGAAACUGGAUGGACGUCACGAUGGCAAUGUUCGGGAAGUUUUCAAUAUCAGCCUCGAAUGUGAUAAUGCCGGUUUACACGGCAGAACUUUUCCCAACGGUCAUAAGGAAUCUUGGCGUAGGGAUGUCCAAUAUUCCUGCCGGAAUCGCUUUGAUCAUCGUUCCAUUCUUAUGGGAAACAGAAAACGUGGAGAAAAACCUGCCAUGGAUAAUUCUUGGCUUUUGUGGUGUCAUGGGAGGACUAUCCGUGCUUCUUUUACCAGAAAUUGAAGGGCUCACCAGUACUUUGGAAGAGUUGGAAGAAGAAGCAAACGUUCCUGCUAUAAUUCCUCCACCAAGAAAGGCCUCUGCAGUAGCCAAGGAUAUUGAAAACUGUUAAGAUAGGACAUGAAGUCCUCUAAUCCUUCGAAAAUAAUAUUAGCAAGCUAAUAUUUUUAGGUUCUGAAUUUCAAUCAACGUAGCAAGCGGCUCUAUUCGAAUGUCCUACUGUGAAUACAUUGAUUCACAAUCUCAUGAAAUAAUGUCUGUGAAAAUCAUAGUAUUAUAUUUGUAAAUAAUCCACUUUAUUAACCGUACAUAUGAGAUAUAUUUACAAUAUAUUCUGAUCGUUUAUAAUUCUAGCGGAAGAAAAGGUGUAACCAAUUUCCGUGAACUGUUCAUAAUUGAUUUGUUUGUACAGUACCAGUAGUUAUGUAACGUUAAGAAAAACUAUCCGUGAUAGUUUAAUUAAUAUUGAUUUUUUAUUAGCGUAAAUUAUACAUUUGUAAAAACUUGCUGAUAGUUUUAAAACAUUAAAUUGUGUAUUUUUCCACCAA